UGCGCGCUUCCGACCCGCAGGUGGCGCCGUCCCGCCUCGGUGCCCGACUCCGGGCGCUCCGAGGUGCGGGACAGAAUCGCAGCGCCGAGCCGGAGCUCAGCCCCGACUUGUUGAUCUCGCCCAGGCAGCCGCCGCCGCCGCCGCGAGGGCCAGAGGAGGAGGCGGUGAAGGAAGCGCCGCCCGCUCACGGUCCUGCUCCGCGCGCCCCCCGGGCCCGUCCGCGCCCCUCGCCUCGGAGAGCGCGCCCCGGCCCCGCGGCGCCUGCAGCCCGGGCGCAUUGCCUGCCCGGCCGGGGUAGGCCGAACCCAGCCCGGCCCCGGGACCGCCGCUGCCCGCGGGCGGGGGCGCCCGGGAGGCCGGGACGAUGCGCGGCCCCUGGCCCCAGGAGGCGGCCGCCCUGGGGCCGUCGGGAUGGAGGUGAGAAGACGGCCGUGACGCGCGCCCGCGCCCCGCCUGCACGCCAGCGGCCCGCAGCGCUCCCUGCCCCCCUCGCCCGCCGCAGCAGCGGGCCUUGCCGUCGAGUGACAGCGGCCUGGGGGGGCGGGGGGGGCGGGGGCGGCCGGACCAGCGAUGCCGGCGGGCAUGACGAAGCAUGGCUCGCGCUCCGCCAGCUCGCUGCCGCCGGAGCCCAUGGAGAUCGUGCGCAGCAAGGCGUGCUCUCGGCGCGUCCGCCUCAACGUCGGGGGCCUGGCGCACGAGGUGCUGUGGCGCACCCUGGACCGCCUGCCCCGCACGCGGCUGGGCAAGCUCCGCGACUGCAACACACACGACUCGCUGCUCGAGGUGUGUGACGACUACAGCCUGGACGACAAUGAGUACUUCUUCGACCGGCACCCGGGCGCCUUCACCUCCAUCCUCAACUUCUACCGCACGGGGCGGCUGCACAUGAUGGAGGAGAUGUGCGCGCUCAGCUUCAGCCAGGAGCUUGACUACUGGGGCAUCGACGAGAUCUACCUGGAGUCCUGCUGCCAGGCGCGGUACCACCAGAAGAAGGAGCAGAUGAAUGAGGAACUUAAGCGCGAGGCCGAGACGCUCCGUGAGCGCGAGGGCGAGGAGUUUGACAACACGUGCUGCGCGGAGAAGCGCAAGAAGCUGUGGGACCUGCUGGAGAAGCCCAACUCCUCCGUGGCCGCCAAGAUCCUGGCCAUCAUCUCCAUCAUGUUCAUCGUCCUCUCCACCAUCGCCCUGUCCCUCAACACGCUGCCCGAGCUGCAGAGCCUCGACGAGUUCGGCCAGACCACGGACAACCCCCAGCUGGCCCACGUGGAGGCCGUGUGCAUCGCGUGGUUCACCAUGGAGUACCUGCUGCGCUUCCUCUCCUCGCCCAAGAAGUGGAAGUUCUUCAAGGGCCCGCUCAACGCCAUCGACCUGCUGGCCAUCCUGCCCUACUACGUCACCAUCUUCCUCACCGAGUCCAACAAGAGCGUGCUGCAGUUCCAGAACGUGCGGCGCGUGGUCCAGAUCUUCCGCAUCAUGCGCAUCCUGCGCAUCCUGAAGCUGGCGCGGCACUCCACCGGCCUCCAGUCCCUGGGCUUCACCCUGCGGAGGAGCUACAACGAGCUGGGCUUGCUCAUCCUCUUCCUCGCCAUGGGCAUCAUGAUCUUCUCCAGCCUCGUCUUCUUUGCCGAGAAGGAUGAGGACGACACCAAGUUCAAAAGCAUCCCGGCCUCUUUCUGGUGGGCCACCAUCACCAUGACGACUGUGGGGUAUGGAGACAUCUACCCCAAGACUCUCCUGGGGAAAAUUGUAGGGGGGCUCUGCUGUAUCGCCGGGGUCCUGGUGAUUGCUCUUCCCAUCCCCAUCAUCGUCAACAACUUCUCCGAGUUCUACAAGGAGCAAAAGAGGCAGGAGAAAGCGAUCAAGCGCAGAGAGGCUCUGGAGAGAGCCAAGAGGAAUGGCAGCAUCGUAUCCAUGAACAUGAAGGACGCUUUCGCCCGGAGUGUCGAGAUGAUGGACAUCGUGGUGGAGAAGAACGGGGAGAAUUUGGCGAAGAAGGAAAAAGUACAAGAUAACCACUUGUCUCCCAACAAGUGGAAGUGGACAAAGAGGACCCUGUCCGAAACCAGCUCAAGUAAGUCCUUUGAGACGAAGGAGCAGGGCUCCCCUGAGAAAGCCAGAUCCUCGUCGAGUCCCCAGCACCUGAACGUGCAGCAGCUGGAAGACAUGUACAACAAGAUGGCCAAGACCCAGUCGCAGCCCGUCCUCAACACCAAGGAGGCAGCGGCACAGAGCAAGCCGAAGGAAGAACUGGAAAUGGAGAGCAUCCCAAGCCCCGUGGCCCCUCUGCCCACUCGCACCGAGGGGGUCAUCGACAUGCGAAGUAUGUCAAGCAUUGACAGCUUUAUCAGCUGUGCCACGGACUUCCCCGAAGCCACCAGGUUCUCCCACAGCCCCUUGGCUUCCCUCCCCACCAAGGCUGGGGGCGGCGCGGCCCCAGAGCUGGGCUGGCGGGGAGCCCUGGGUGCCAGCGGGGGCCGGCUCGUGGAGGCCAACCCCACCCCGGAUGCCAGCCACGGCUCCGGUUUCUUCAUCGAGAGCCCCAAGAGUUCCAUGAAGACCAACAACCCCUUGAAGCUCCGAGCACUCAAAGUCAACUUUAUGGCCGGCGAGCCCGGUCCACUCCUCCCCGUCCUGGGGAUGUACCAUGACCCUCUGAGGACCCGGGGGGGUGCUGCGGCUGCUGUCGCCGGCCUGGAGUGCGCCACACUCUUGGACAAGCCUGUGCUGAGCCCAGAGUCCUCCAUCUACACCACAGCGAGUGCGAGGACACCCCCCCGGUCGCCCGAGAAGCCCACAGCAAUAGCAUUCAAUUUCGAGGCAGGCGUCCACCAGUACAUUGAUGCCGACACAGAUGACGAGGGCCAGCUGCUCUACAGUGUAGACUCCAGCCCUCCCAAGAGCCUCCACGGGGGCGCCAGUCCCAAGUGCAGCAUCGGGGCGAGGUCAGAAAAGAACCACUUUGAAAGUGCCCCCUUACCCACCUCCCCGAAAUUCUUGAGGCAGAACUGUAUUUACUCCACGGAAGGGUUGACUGGAAAAAGCCUCAGCGGCCAGGAAAAGUGCAAACUCGGGAACCACAUCUCCCCCGACGUCCGCGUGUUGCCAGGGGGAGGAGCUCACGGGAGCACUCGGGAUCAGAGCAUCUGAACCACGCCCCCUCCCACCCGCCGUGGAGGGGAGACUGUGGCCGCGGCCCAGAGGGGGGGGGCUGUUCCUCUGACCUGCCAUAGAGCUUUUCUGCUUGAACUCUGACGCAGAAAAGCCCUGCAGAGCCCCCAGAGAGAAGAGAGGAGCCUCCCGAGACACCUGCUGGGACCUUGAGAGCCGUGGCAGGUGCGUGGGCAUGAAGUCGGCCAAGCCAUGGGGUGUAGCACCUCCUUGUCACACAACUCCACUGCCCCCAAAGGGGGACGACAUGCGUGGAACUCACAGCCACCACCACCACCAUUCGCGACCAAGGCCACCGACUCCCCAGCCUUCUCUCCUGCCUUUUCAUCAGGUUCCCACCCUCCUGGCUUCCGCCGGAGAAGAACGCUGGAACGAGGGGCUGGGGUUGGUGUUGUUGGCCACUGCGGCACCGGGUUUGCCCAGCCAGCUCUGGGAACACCUGUCUGUGAGCUCCUGGAUGGAUCCUGCUGUUACAAGGCUCCAGGGAACUCUUGUGGCAUGGGGAAAUCUGCGCCAUAAACCACCAUCCCAGCGCAAAACCGAUACUCAAUUGUCUCGCUGGCUUCCAUCUCCCCAUAGCGCCUGAGGUCUCGUUGCAAGAUGUCAUUAGGGGGAGUUGCACCACUGUACUCAACCUGUACUCAAUUCUGCCAUCCUCCUGCGGUCUGGGAAGGAAUCAGAAGGCGGGCACUCAGCCAACAGGUUGAACUCGGAGUGUUGCUUUCGGAUGCUGACAGGAAAACACUUCCUGACGUCGCUAGUGUGGACUCAAAAGAUAUGCAAGUGUCAAAUAUGCAAAAGAAACAGCUUAUUCAAAGAGACUGUGUGUUACUGAAGAACAGCAUAAAAAUCUGAUUUUUUUUUAACCUGCAAAAAUGAAAGAAAAAAAAAUCCACCCCUAAUUCAAAUACCCAGUUCAGACUUUUGAAUACUUCCUGCUGCGGUAGGUACAUCACCUACUACAAUAGAAAUUUUUUUUGUUUCCUGUGGUAUUCAAGCUAAAAAAAAAGUUAAUAAAAAGCACUUUAUGUUUUUCAAAAAUAGAUUCUACCAGGGACAGUGUCAACAUCUUGCACUUUAAAAUAAGCACUAUUUCCCGUGGGCCGCUUGUUGGGACUGUUGUUGGGUUGUUGCUACGUGCCUGUUGCCGGCCACGGGCGGGGAGAUAGUGCUGGUAUCGCCGUCUGCCCUGCCAGUCUGCAGGCUCCUCCCCUGGCCCUGGGAAGCUUCCGCUUAGCUCUCACGGGGUGGCAGGGGUCCUCGGCCCGUGGGUGGGGCUCCUCACAGAGUCACCCGUCCGAGACGCAGCGGCACUUGGGCAUUGCGUGUUUUACUGUUCUUUCCUGUCCACCAGCCCUUGGUGUGUUUUCAGUGUCACUGUGUGUGCUACAAGCCCCGGCCUCGCCCCUGCAGCGUCACGGCAGCCAGUACAGACACAAGCAAUAAGCAUCGUGUGCACUGUGAGUGCUUCUGCUGUAUUUCUUGGUGUUGGUCUUCCUGUCUAGUUUGAUGACCUGGCAUUGUCCUGCCUGCUUUGAGUCCCGUGGCAUGGUGGUGUCGGCCAUUCCUCCAUACGGCGACAUGGGGUUGAACUGCCGAUGACAAAGGCGAUGGGGUUGGUGCCUGUCAGUGAAGAGAACCUGGUACUGGUCUGCCUGCCUGUAGCACGCUGGAACAAUGCUGCUCUCCUGUUGUAACAUUGACUGGUGAUGUCCCAAGUACAGUGCUGUGCAGCGGCCUGUCGCCGGGUUCAGUGACAGGUGUGGAGCAAAGACGCGGUACUGGUUUGCCUGUUCUGCAGAGAAUCUGUUGCUGGCCAGCCUGUUAGCACCAGGGCAUGAUCCGCCUGUUAGUACACAAGUACCAUGGAGCUGUUCUGCCUGCCCCCCGCACAAUGGCCUGAGGUUGGGCCACCUGUCACGGGUGUGACAACGUGAGGUCAUUACAUCACCAGUGCAUACCACUUCUCAGCACCUCCAGGGACUGUGGCUGCCCCGAGCACGGUGCAGCCCUGUUACUUGCUGUGUUAUCAAGGAAAAGGAGAACUUGACUCUCGCCGAGUACCUGCAGAGUACCCAGAGAGCCCCACAAGGGGGACUUAGCUCGGGGCAGGGAGUGGGCUGGCGCACCACGGAGAGGAAGCGGCGGCGCUGCCUAGCUCGGCGUCCAGGCUGGGGGCCGCCGGAGGAGCAGCGACCAUGGGAUGGCUCUCCGCCGGCAUCCGACUCGUCUCUUUGUUUUCCUCACCGUGUAUGUCCACCAUCAGCACAACUGUGAAACUUCAGGGAAAACAAACAAAUGCUUUUUGAUAAAAGUAAAUAGUUGUGAUUUCCGAUUCAGAUGUUUUUAGAGCUGAUGCUAUCUGUAACAUGAAUACUAAUAAUAGAGUCUAUUUUACAUAUCAGGAAAGUGACCGUGUCUCAAUAUAGCCAUAUAUCACGAGAAGGAACUGAGUACCCCUUCUUCAAACCAAGGCAUUUCAUUUGUUGAUAGAAGCAGAUGUGAAGUGUAAAGAUUAGAAAUUAUGAUUUCUUUAAAAAAAAAUCUGAUAACCAGUCGGUGCAACUCUCCUUGUAACCAAAGGCCCUUUCUGCCUUGUGUCGUGUGGGACCUUCCUCGUAUACCUUGAUCUGAAUGCAGCAUUGUACCGAGUCACUUUUGAAGGAGGAAUUCAGAGGUAUCAUGCGAACCUACCUUUCCAGGCUUCCUAACCAGAGUCCUAUAGAGUUCUUAUAGAAACAGAAUCGUUAAAAUACAGCAUAUACUAUGCUUAGAAAGUGUUCCGUUUGCUUUGGUUUCUUUCUUUUUUUUUCCCCCUUUACCUGUGUGUGUAUAUAUUGUGGGAAUCUAGAUUUUCCCUCUGAUCUCUUCCCAUAGGGAGUCUUAAGUCUUCCCAGCCCCCACCCGCCAAAAACAAACAGAUUCAGAAUUGUUUUUAACAGGUGUACACUCAACGCGUACCUGUGUGUACCUGCACUGAGAAAUCCACCCGCGGGUCUCCACUGAGAAGCCAAACUCGAUAGACAGGCCUUGAGAGGGACGGGGAAAGUAGUGAUGUGGACGCAAGGACGACUUGAACUUGGUGAUCCAUCCCCACGCGCUCUGGACCCACGGAGAGCCGGAAGAAGCGAGUGGACCCACAUUAACGCAGCUGGGGCUGGCGGCAGCUGGAGGCCAGGUCCCUUUGGCGAAUCCAGCGAAACUCAGCUGAACUUGGGUUCCAGCUUCUGCCUCUCUCAGAAAGGGCUAGGGAUCAGCGCAGCUGUGUGUCUCAGUCCCGAUUGCAGCGCUGAGGAGGCGGGCAGGCGUUGGGGGACACCGCAUAGUCACCUCUUCGUCCUUGGGUACAGGAAAACCACAGAACUUUGUGCAGCAGACUUCUCAGUGCCUUCUUCAGGAAUCCUAUCUUAAGCACACUGGAAGGGAAGGAAGAAGGAGGAGGGAACGCUGGUUCCGAGGAAGCCCCUUUUUCUAGAAGCGUGGAGAGAAAGAGAAACCACAAAACCCAGAGAAGGCCACUUCCUUCCAACGCAUUCAGCUUGUGGCUGACAACUGCUGGUGACCCGAGCUCCUGCAAACUGACCCCACCUCCCCUCCACGUGCUGGUAACUGUAGCCUCUCUCCGCCCUUAUCUCCUAACAACAUCCAUGUUUCGAAGGAGAAACAAACAAAACAGGAUUCUCUUCUGUAAAACUGUAACGUAUUGUUGAUAUUUGUAACUAUUGUACAUUUCCUUCCGGCUCCAGUCUCGGCUGGGGUGUCUAGUCUGUGAACAAGGGGAGAUUUAAAAUUCACCAUGGACAGCGGUCACGAAAGCCAGGUCUCAGUCCCUCUCCUUUCCUGAUUUCUCUGCCAAUUAGUCUCCCAAAUAAUCCAACCCCAGGCUUCUCAGCCUUGAAUCCAGAGGAGGGCGUGGCGAGAAACCUGCCGGCAUGUCUCUUUGGGAAAAGACUUGUUCUGUGGCCACGGAGUUGGCUGAGAAAGGGGGCUGCCCCUGGUGCCCCGUGCAGGAUGCCGGAAAGCUGCCAGCACACACCGGCCUCGCUCGCCUCUGCCUGCUCACCUGGCAGCGCCCACCUGCUUUCACCACGCUCAGCCAGGACCCCCCAGUCCAGCCCUGGCCACACCCAGAAAUGAGACUUACCUCUGCGUUUUCCUUGGCCACGUUUUCUGGCUCUAAAAGGAUCGGAUGCACUACCGCGUCUUAGGAUGUCCAUGCAUCUCAGAGUAGUCUAUUUUUCUGUUCAGAUAAAAAAAAAAGAUAUAUAAAUGUAUUUUUAGCAAAUUUAUAAUAGGGCAAUUGAGUCUAAUUUCUUCUUUUGUAACACAGAAUAAUAUCCUGGGCGUUUUAUCUUUGGUCGGUAUCCUAGCUGGUAUUUUCUGGUCUUUUCCAUUUCUUUCUGUCAUCCUUUGAGCUGUUUUUCCCAUUGGAUUCUGACUUUCCGGGGGUAGAGAAAAACUCUGGAUUCUGACUUCCUGUGUAGGCAUUUCCUGCCACCAGGCCCCGAGUCUGUUGUCGCUGUCACUCUCCUCAUUCUGUCCGUGUGUCUGUUCUAUUUGUUGUUCUUAAGACUCAAAGGCACAAAUGCAGGGGUAAGGCCAGGGGCAGCAGGGCUGUGGGGGGCCCUCGCUCUCACAGUGGGACGUGGGCUGGCCACGGGCAUCCCCCACACCCACCCACCCCAGCAUGGAUCUGGAGGGACUGGGUUUUCUCGCCCCCCAGAGAUCUUGGAACAAGCAAUCUCAUGCAAGCAGACUAGCUGCUAGCGUUUCUGAGGUCCAGACCACAGCCAAGUCCCCCUCGGCCGGGCAGGUCCCCUGUCCCGUGCCGGGUUCCCUGAAGCAUCAGUCGGAUCGGAGGUCCCGGACGCAUCCAGGUCCUUGUGACCAUCAGAGGAACAUGCUGGGCCUCUGCUCUCAUCGCCUUUCUUUCUUUUUUUUUUUUUUUUAAUUAAAAUCAGUCACUCUUUCCACCCCGUUUCUCCCAGCCUCACUGAGAAACAGUGGCCAGGCAGCUUUGCAGCCAAACCCUGAGAAGAGAUGUCCCUCCCCUCUCUGGCCACCUGGCCCCUCAGAGCCAGGGCAGUGGUGUUUUUCCAGCUUCCAACUGUCUAUGCCUUGAGGAAUCUGGGGGGCUGUCCCGUCACUGCUCCCCUGGGGCGGUUUCCAGCCUCACGUGCGCAGAGAUCAUCUCUCUGAGCAGGGUCUGGGCAGGAAGUGAUUCCCCGGCCAUCAGUGCACACAGGAAGAUGGAGAAAGGCCAGGAGGUCUCCAGCUGACAUUCAUUUAGCUUCUGGCAUCCCACAACCUCACUGGCAGCACCGGCUCUGGGCUCGGCCAAACCAGGACCCCUAGGUGCAGUGGGCCAUUUCCAUCAGAUCUCCCCAAGGAGAAAUCAACCCAGAUCCAAGUUUAUUAGUCUGAACUAUGACCCUAAUCAGUUUUCCCACCCCUAAAAUUCCUGGUCAAUUGCUUUUAACCAGAGCCAAAUAAGACAAGAUUAUUUGUAAAGUUUGCACAAGAACAAUAAAGGAAAAUAUUGCCUCUCGGUGGUGCUGCCCAGUUCAGCAAAUCUCCUUGUUCGUGGCUGUCCUCAUCAGGAAAGAGGUUGGUGGUUUGGAUCUCCAGCCGCUGUUCCUGAUGCUGUCUUGACCUAGAAUCUCUCCCAGACUUCCCAAAAUGCCAACUGGAAGAAGUGGAACUUGGAAGGGGCUCCUGUGACAAAGCCCACCCUCCUCCUCGCCUCUAGCCCUAACUCCCCAUCCCUCCCUGCAGAGGUCGGGAAAAGAGCUAACGGAUGGCUGGAGUGAGAGAGCUCAGCGGACAGGGAGCCAGCCAGCAGCACAGGGCCGCCUGCGCGUCUCCUGUACGGGAGGAACAGGCGGUCAGCUCCAACCCCAGUUAAGGGAGCCCUUCUGACAGGGGGUGUUGUCUGAUCCUGGAGCCCUCUGCCAUGUUGGGGGUGAGCUACCUUACUUCACAGUUUAGAGGGAGGCCAGACGAUGUGCAAAAUGGAUGUUGGCAAGGGAGCCCUAGCAUCACGUGGAAACUGGACUGAGCAAUAUGGCAAUCCUCUUUGUGUCUUUGGCGUGUGUGUGCAUGUGCUUUGUGUGUGUGUGUGUGUGUGUGUGUGUGUGUGUAGGUGGUUUGUGCAUUCUGGGCACAAGUUCAAGCAAGCCACUGAGGCAAAGGCCUGGAACACCAUCAGCGGAAACUCAGAUUGUAGGAUUUAUUUACAGCUGCUGGGGGCAAUGCCAAAGAAGAGACCCUGCUUCCUUCCCGUCUUGCAUGGGGCAGUUUCCGUGGCCUGUCAAUCACUCACGCAUCCCACCCCUCCCAGUAGCCCAGCAGGCACCACACUGGGCUGAGCCUUGUGCUACACCCCUCCCCAGGCCAGCCAAGGAGCCACCCCCACGUCCCCACCUCCGGCUGGCUGUUUCUCGGUGCUUUGGCCCUUCUGCCCAGACUCUGUGCCCUCAUGAGCCUGAGGCUGCCUGGACAAGAGACACAACCACUUCUGCCCGCCACCCUGCCAGCUAGCGAACAACUGCCCAGACAAUAGCAAAAGGGCUCUCUCCCCAGCUCUGGCGAAUAAAGCCGGAGACACCAUUCUAGAACUCGGAAAAUCUCCACCCUGGAAGUCAACCCAGAAGGGCCAAAAGAGAGAGGCAGCCAUAACGCAAUCUGACAGCAGAACGAGACAGGGUGCCCACACUCCCCCGCGCCAGCGGCUGCCUUCCGUGGUCCGUCUCAACACGCGUUCUCCCAGAGCGGCAUUUGACAGGAGCGUUUUCUUCAUUCUCUCCGCCCCACAGGCAUGAACUCGAGUGUGAAUGGGGGCGUGGAGGUGGGACUUCAAGCUCAGGUCCAACUCAAGACCAGGUGGUCUUAGGUUCCGGGAGACGAGGCAGCAUGGUAUCAUUGGAUAAAUGGGCCGAGCAGCUGCUUCCUCCAAACCCAAAAUAAGACACAGACCACUACCCAGUCGGAGGCUCUGCCCUGCAGGAGCGGCUUAAGUCACAACAACACAAGACUGCAAUGACAGAGCAGAGAGAAGAGGGGUGGGGGGACUCCUCUGCCCUCAGGAUGCUCACCCGCACUCCUGAGCAAACCAGGUGUCAAACCAGGGGGACGCACAAGGAAAAUGCCUGAGAACUUCCAGCUGUCGCUUGGCCCUGCUCCCAGUCUCCUGGGCUCACCAGGGUUUGGGACACACUCUGAGAUGAGAGAGGAGGCGGGUAUGUUUGAGGAUGUGGGACUGAGGAGGGCAGCAGCCACGACCCGGGGCCACUUGGCCUCUAGGCUCCAGACCUAGCUUGAGUUCAACUCAAGAUCGAGGGCUGGGAGCCCCAUCUUCUGCACUGGGAACUCAGGGUUACCCACCCCCCCCAACACACAGUGCGUGCCCUUGUCACGGGGCUGUCAUCCUACCCAUGUUUUUCUGAGUGAGCGAGUGUGUGAAGCGUUGCUCUCGGAGUGAAUGAGUGGCUGGGCGGAUGUGUGGGCGCAGAGGGAGUUAAACAAGUCCUACCUGGCUUGAGGCAUUGCCCAGCCGGGAAGGAAGGAGAAGUGGGCCCAACCCAUUGAAGCCCCAAAAUGGCCCCUCCUCAUCUGCUCUUUGAUUCUACCUGGGCUAAAGACAGCAGGUGCAUUCGACUCUGCUGGGCCCCAAGCCGAUGGGGGCCAUGGCUCACACAGAGAUCCGAGUGGUUUCCCAAUGGGCUGAGCCAGCGGUGCAAAGUGGCCUUUCUCGGGUGGCAACUUGUUGGGGGCAGGGACAUGGCAGCCGACGUCUGGAGAUGGAACCAUGUUCCCUGAGCCAGCCUGGCUCCCAGCUUUAGGGCCCAUCUAGCCCCAGAGCCCACUGGGUUAGCACGGGCCCAGAGCCCCUCCGCGGAGCCCCUCCAAUUGUCCCGAGAACCCGUGAUGUGAGGUGGGGGCUUUCCUGCCAGCUAAGCCAUCUGAUCACCCCACUUUUGAUGGGAGCCAAACCAACCACAGCAGCCAUAAACGACCGAUGUCCUCAGCCCCGUGCUCUCGGGCUCGCGUCCAUGGGUCCCGUUCAUCUCGCGUGGGUUGCCGUGUCUGGUCCUUCCUGUAAAGGUGAAAAUGAGUGCACACCCACUUGCACACACGUGCACACACUCACACAUGCACACACACACACGGGGAAACCACACCCACACACCCCUGUCUUUUUAUGCCUGUGGUGAGAUGAAACUGUGAUCCCCAUGACCUCCAGCUGCUGUCCUGUCUUGUAAAAUACGUCCGAAUGUCCAAGAAUUUCCAAGUAAAUAGUCCCUUAAUGAAGUCUGCAGAGUUCAAUAAAAGGUAUGAAGCAAACAC